AUGGAUUUCGUCAAUAUGUGCCCGGUCCUCGAGGUCCUUUUCUUCCAAAGGCGCCUGGGAGCUAGUAGGGAUAGUCAGGAGAGGGCAGAGGCAGCCAGCAACAUACAAAUGGACGCUGACCAGUUCGAGAAACGCUACCUGUCAGACAGCUUCGAAAAGCUGAAGAGUCUGAACACACUCGUUUUCAUCCCCCACGACCAUCAUGAUGACGUUGGAGAUCCAGAUUUCACCAGAGACUUCCUGGGUCCUUACAACUUCCUCACCCUCAAGAAGCUUUGUAAUCUUACCUCCAUUUCAGUGCUCAUCAACGUCUUCGCCUCCCCGGACGGCUCGACCACUGGUCAUCUGACAGUCUCUCCCACGGAGGUUCUCCCUCGCUCACUCAUGUCUUUCCACAUUCUAGUCGAUGACCAAAGCGGAAAUGGCUUCUGGAGUCGUAUUCCACUCAACGAAGCUCCGUUUCAACCUCGCGUCGCGGCUCUCGGGUUCAUGGAGGAGCUGACGAGUAUCUGCCCAACCGAGUUCCCUGGUCUUCGACAGGUGGAUUACAUUUGGGCAGUCACUCGGCUCACUGGCAUACAGCGGAGACAAUUAUCCCUCGGCAAGAGCUCAGUCUGCGGUAGCUCUCCUGCACGGAACCCAGGCGUCCACCACGAAGAACAUCCACACAACACCAUCGAAAAUACCAACGUGCUCAAGUGCAAUAUGGCUGGGCACCACCACAACGCCCAUUUCCCGGACCCAAGAGGAACCAUGGAAACACUCGGUGUACAAGGCGACGCGAGAAUGGAUGCGCCAGCCUCAUCCGGCCAGGGAAUCCACCCCCUUGGCAAGGCUGUCACAAGUCUUGAUCUGCGGGGCUCAUGGCCAGUAGACUGGAAGAAGGUCGGUGCGAUCGGAUUUUCCUUUACCGACCUCUCGCCGCUGUCCACCUGGUACGCAGUCCAGCAUUGGUCGAGAACUGAUCUACUGUCAUGGUGGGAGCUACGCCAGAUGCGGUCCCUUCGUCACUUGAACAUCGACAUUCAAGCCAGGAAUACUUGGGGCGACCGCUUUCAGCAAUACCGUGAGCUAUGGGGCCAAUCGGGCGAGCCAUCUAAUCUCUGCGUACUUCCAAACUUGGAGACACUGAGAAUCCCGCUACGGCUAUUCAUGGAGUCCGAUGAGGUCUCGAUGUACGAUUCAAGCGACGUGCUUCCUGCUACGCUAAAGACCUUGGUCCUCUUCGUCGAUUUACAACUGCAUCGUGCGGAACCCCUUGCCAACGAACAAUCAGAAUGGAGAGGAGACCAAGUCGACGGAUAUCUCAUUUCCGAUCCUCGAAGUUGUGCCCAGACAAUUCGGAUGACCAUUGAGUUCCUGGAAAACAUCUACUGGUGUGCCCCCACCGAUUUCCGAUACCUUCGCACGCUGAUUCUGGAAUACAAAAUUGAUGCCGGCCGUGUGGUCCUUUUCGGGCCGGCUCUCGCAAUCAAGAUCGCUGCCUCUCUGCAGGUGAUUGAGCACACACCUCUGCCAUAUGCGAUCAAGAAUUUCUACGAGGGCCAGGCCUCGAUCGUCAGUGGCGGCGUCGCUAGCUUGCCAUCGGACAAGACCGUGGACCUCGGUGCCAACGCUGAUUAUCAAGGGCUGAUCCAGUACGGGACACACAAGAACAUUCGCAUGAUCUACACGAUCGUAGACGUGCCGUAUCGGGUCGUGGCAAACAAGGCGGCCGGUAUAAACACACUUGCGGAUCUGAGGGGCAAACGAAUCGGUACCAUGUCGGGCUCGUCGGCGAAAUACUUCAUCAGCAAGCUGCUGAAUUCGGCGGGUGUUAAGGACUCGGAGUACACGGUGGUGUCAGGCAACGUUUGCAUGAAGGCGCCGUGUGGCGCCGGCACCCUCCCGGCGCAAAUCCAAGCCAAGACCAUCGAUGGAGUCAGCGUACGCCCACCCAGCUUCUACACGCCGGAGCUGGGCGGGCAGGUGCUGGGGGACAACGCCAUCUUCUUCCAGAACGCGACCGUGUUCCGGGAAAUCUACUCCCUUUUCACAACGACCGACAAGCUCAACGACCCUACGUCACGCAGGGCCAUUGUCGAGUUCAUCCGGGCUUUGGAUCAGGCUAUCGACGCCUUCAAGAACACGCCCGAGAAGGUGUACCAGUUUGUGGCCCAGGCGGUGGGCAUGGAUGCCGCCACGGUGCAGGCCGUUUGGCCGGUACACAAGUGGGCCGGCACGCUGGGCGUGGACAUGGACAGCAACCUGAUCGACUACAUGGUGGAUGAGGAUAUUUAUGUUGCCUCGCAGAACCAGAGGCAGCCCAUGACAAGAGACAUUAUCGCGCAGUUCGUCGACAAUAGCGUUAUUGCAGAUGCCAGGAACGCGUCGUACUUGACAUAA